AUGGCCACCAAGGUCAAGAACCCGCUCAGUGCGGCGCAUACCGCGGGCAUCUUUGCCGACAUGACAGUCGAUGGCCCCGUUAUUGGAACUCUGGUCGCUAUCGUCGAUCGCGCCAAGAACUUGCCGAAUCGCAAGACCAUCGGCAAGCAAGAUCCCUACUGCGCCGCCCGGCUAGGCAAGGAGGCCAAGAAGACAACCACAGAUAUCCGAGGCGGACAAACGCCCAAAUGGGACCAGGAGCUGCGAUUCACAGUCCAUGACUGCCCAGAUUAUUACCAGCUCAAGAUCUCCGUCUUUACUGACGACAAGCGGACAGAUUUGGUCGGAGAGUCAUGGAUUGACCUCAGAGGCAUCAUUGUGUCCGGCGGUGGACAGAGCGACAUGUGGCAGACAUUAAGCUGCAAGGGCAAAUACGCUGGCGAGAUCAGGGUGGAAAUCACAUUCUACGACACUCGUCCCAAGCCCGACAAGCCUGCUGCGAAGCCGAAGCAGCCUGCCCCCGCAGAGCAAGAGCAAGGAUCCGUCAAGCAGAGAACGCCAGUCAAGAGACGGCCGUUGCCCUCUGAUCCUGUAACUGGCGAAGCUCCCGUCGCGACUCCUCCAGCAGCUCCCACAUCAGCUCCUCCGGCACUACCUUCAGCAGCACCCGCGGGGCCUGAUCACCGCACUCCCCCACGACAUGUAAAGCAGACCUCACACUCGGGCGCCUUUAUCCAGGCCCAGUCUCCUCUGCAGGCAGUCGAGUACAACACACCACCGUCGCACUCAACACGCAGCCGUCACACAGACAACUAUUCUCCGUCAGCGCACGCGCCUGUACAACAAGAAUAUGUGACACCAACGCGCGCGGAGGUCUCUCGCCAAUCCCGCAGGUCCAUGUACGAAGCGUCACCGCGAUACGAUGACCGGGACUACAGCCCGAGGUAUGCACUUCAGCAGGACCAGAUGGAUCAUCGGGGUCACUACUCUCCGCAUCAGGAUCUCUAUGAUCAGCCGCCGCCUUCAAUGGCGCCCAUGGACGAUCCCAGGCAGUACUCUCCCAUGGAAAACGAGCGUCCGCCACCACCACCUGCCCAUCGGAGCCGACAGAGCGGCACAGGUCAGGAACUUGUGCCCAGGGGCACCUAUGAUACGUCACCGGUUAAGAUGCCGCAGAUGAGACAUGACGUUCUGAGACAUGAGGCUCAGAGACAAUCACAGUCGCAGCCCCAGCCGCAGCCACAAUCACAGUCUCAAUCCCUGGUGCCUUAUCCGGGGCGCCCAACCUUUCGCGCGUACGAUUCGGCACCGGCUGGCAACCCUGUCCCGUCUUCUAAUGGAAUGGUCUACGAUAAUGCGCCGAGACACAAUUCCUAUGACGCCAGCUACGAUCCUCAUUAUCGAUCGAUGCAACCAACGGUCGAGGAUGCGCCCGAGAAUGGCGGCCCGCCAGUUAACAACUUCAGGCAGAGUGGUUCGCGGAUGUAUCCAGAUGAGCUGGCCUUUGACGAAAACCCGAGCCCUGCGCCGCUGGUUCUGCGGCGAUCAACCGGAGGCUCUCCCUAUCGGGAUGACUACUCGCCAUCGCAACCUGCACGUGGAUACCAGAACCAAGAUGAUGGAUACCACAACCCGGAGGACUGGCAGGUCGCAUUGACUUCCUCCCACCGACGAAGCUUCUCUAGAAGCCCCGGUGACAACUCAUACCACUCCCACAGCAGCCAAAGCCAUCAUUCGGGCCAUGGGUCUGAGCUGGAGACCAAGCACAUUCAGAGCUCCUCCAACUAUGCGCUCCCCAACAUGCCAGCGGCGCUUGUGCCAGGAUUGGAUGCAUCCCAAUCCCAGGAGCUGACAGAUCUGAUUUACGAAGACCGCCGACAUGAUAGGCGGCCCCAUUCGCAAAGCCUUUCAACACCCACUCGAGGUCGCCAACGAAACGAGUCCUUGUCAGGGUACAACCAAGCGCCGCCCGAGCAAAACUACGAUCAGGGCUAUGACCAAGGCUAUGAUCAAAGUUAUGCCAUCCAGCCAUACAGGCGGGCCAUCACAUAUACUUCUGCGGCCGACCAGCAGAUAAUUAAGCCCAGGGCCAUCUCACCAAACACCCGCACCAGCCCGAACCCUCAGCACAAGAUCAAGCGCAAGUCGGUCAGCCCUGCGCCUCCUCCGGAUGAGAACCGAAGGUCAACCGAGAUCCCUUUCGGACCCGAUUCUUAUGACGCCCUCAACCCCAGUCUAGUUUCCUCGAAAGGUGGAUCUAGUCCCUCGCCACCAGAUUAUCUAGGUGGUGAGCCGACAAAGAUUAUCACCUAUGAUGGGCGAGAAAUCGACCCUUCGGAUCAUCUUCCCGAGGAUACCUGGGCGCCGGAACCAGAAAAAAAGAAUCAGGAACCGGCACCAGAACCACGAUCGAGACCUCCAUUGUCGGGGGCGCAGCCGAUGCCGCCUAGCACUCGCAGGGCCCGCCGCACUGGUCGCCACUCCAUGUCGACGGUGAACACGUCGUCCUACACAUUCUCCGAAGAACCGCGGACGCCUCCAGCGCCUGCAGGUCGGACUCGGCUCCAGAAGAAAAACAGAGCUUCUGCUGGCAAUUCUCCUGCAGCGUCCAGUCCCUUGGCUCCGAUCUCCAAGGACAACUACCAGGAAAGGACCACUUACGGAAACUCUUCUCUUCGAGGCUUGCCGCGAGCAAGCACCUGGGACUUUGAAGACGAGAACCGUGGGGUGUAUGGGGGUCCACCAAUCCCAGCCAAGAUCCCUCUUCCACUCAUGAUGAGCGGUGCCAAUGGGCCCGGUAAUGAGUUGGCUCUGAUGGAAGAAAUGCAGAGGAUCGACAUCGGGGCAGGAAGGUCCCGACGAAGAGGAGGAUAUUGA